AUGGACGAUAUGGAUGAACAAAUGUCAACACCUCGCGAGGAAGUGGCAGAUGAAGAGGGCUCGGAGAUUGAUCCGCUCUCUGAUCCUGAAGAAAGAAGGGUUCUAUUUGCUGCCCUCGAUUCUUUUCGACAAUAUCGUCAGGCUGCCCACUAUAACAUUACCCAUCUACGACGCCAAUCUUUCUACUCGCUUCCUUCAACUCAUAUGGAGAUAUUGGCUUCUGAGCCAUUCAGUCUGCCCAAGACUUUGGACGCCGUGGAUGCAGCAAUCGAUGCGAAUGCCGAUAUAGCCGAAACCGUCCUGGCCUUGGGUCUCGAUAUGUACGGUAUAGACCCUGAAUCAACCGAUUGGCACGGAGCAGCCACCUCACAAGACAUGGACAAAGUACGCUCAACUAUUCGCCAACUCUACCGCGAUUGGGCCGCCGAAGGUGCUUCCGAACGAGAAGCAUGCUGCGGGCCCAUCUUGGCUAGCCUCAACAGGGCUUUUGAAGACAUCAGUCCGGCCAAGCGCUCUCAUAUGAGCGUACUGGUUCCAGGCGCUGGACUAGGACGUUUGGCUUUCGAAAUAUGCAAUGCAGGCUAUGCCAUGGAAGGAAACGAAAUCUCGUACCAUCAGCUUCUUGUCAGCAAUUGGAUACUCAAUUAUACCUCAGGUCCGAGGUCACAAUCCGUAUACCCUUGGGCCCUAGGUUUCUCAAACCAUACACGCCGCUCCCACCAACUCCAAAAGGUACAAGUUCCUGAUGUAUGGCCGUCCGAAGAGCUGGACAGGAGCUGCAAGGAUCUGGAAGCAGAACUACACGCUUACCAACGAAUGUCAAUGUCUUCGGGCGAUUUUUGCGUCUUGUACAAAGAACCGCGAUACGAAGCUGCCUUUGACGCAGUAACUACAUGCUUUUUCAUCGACACGGCACCUAAUUUGAUUGCCUACAUCGAGACCGUCAAACACUGCCUCAAGCCCGGAGGCGUCUGGAUCAAUCUCGGACCUCUACUCUGGCAUUUUGAAGGUGGCUCGCCAGAGAAGAAGAACUCGUCGACGUCCUCUUCUCCUUCAGAAACAGGCAGGGAAAAUCAAACCAGGAAUCGUGGCAUUGGUGAAUCAGGAUCCUUCGAGCUUGCGGAUGAAGAGGUCGUGAAGCUGGUCGAGCAUUUUGGUUUCCAGAUUGUCGAACACGAGUCGGUUGUUGGAGAGGCUGGGUACAUUCAAGACCCACGCAGCAUGUUGCAAAACAUGUACAAGCCCAGCUUUUGGAUGGCUAGGAAACAAUGA